CCGCGGUGAAACAUAAACAGCGCGGUGACAAAGUAGCGGUGAACAGCCUGAAGACGCUGCACAGCUGUAGUUACUCAGCGCACUUCAGCAGCCUCUCCCUGCUCCUGCCUCAGUGGACAAAAUAAUGCAAACACCAUAUGACAGAGGACUUUGGAGCAGCUAAGUAGCAAUUACAGAGCCUGCUGUCAGUUUGGAUUGUCUGUCUGCUCCAGAAGGAGUGUUCAAAGCGAUAUGAGUGACUUGACAGAGUUUGAAAGAUGCCAAAUAGUUGCUGCAAGGCUAUCCGGUGCAUCUGUCACAAAAACUGCACAGCUGUUUAAUGUGGCGAGAGGAACAGUCUCCAGGGUCAUGACAGUGUACGUCAAACAUGGACGAACGGCAUCAGCCAAGAAAAACAGCGGGCGCAAGUCAAAGCUGACCGAGAAGGACAGACAGACGCUUCUCAGGAUAGUCGAUGAACACCCUGAGUAUACGGCCUCAAAAAUCACCACCGAGCUGAACGGGCACCUGUCUCACACCGUCUCUGUGAAAACUGUACGGCGCGAGCUUCACAAAGCUGGUAUCUUCAGAGGAGCGUCCGGUCGGAAGCCAGACAAUGAGACUGACGCACAGCAGCCAGAUGGAAAGAACACUAAACCUGAAUCUGACACGCAGAGACCAGGUGAAGAGAGUGUGAGACCUGAAAUGCAAACCCACGACAAGGAGCGUGGCACACAAAAGCCUGUGGAAGACAAGACAAUAUCUGAUCCCCGGGCGGGUGUCGAAGAGUGCAGCACAGAACAGUGUGAAGGGAGAACACAACCUGAACCCCGAGUCAGUGACGAAGAGCACGGCACACAAAAGCCUGGUGGAGAGAGAGCAGGAACUGAAUCCCAGACAAGUGAAAACGAAUAACACGGUCCCGUGUUGCAUUUCAGCCUCCCAGCAUCCAUGACAGUGAUGUUAAGGGAAAACCACAGAAUGCCUUCACCCCUUAGUGUCGCCAGCUGCUCAAUAAUCUGUAAUAACCUUUCAGCUAUUGGAUUUGAUUAUUUAUUUUGCAUGAGUGCAUCUUGGUGCAAUAUUCAGCUUUUUUCCAAACAUGACUGAAACGUAGACUGUUGAGAAUUAGCCCCGUCAGGGGUUGGGAGCGGGACACAAAUCAUCAGACAACAUGUAAUGUUUGCACAGCUUAUUAAAACAUAGCAGAAGAAUAUGAAAGUAGUGUGUACAUUCUGUCAUCAAGGUAGAAAUAUUGUCGCUGCAGUUGUAAUUUGCUGUUUGAUUUUGUGUCUUGACUGUGCACAAUUCAAAGCAGACACAAGCAAGGACAUGAAGCUACGUCAGCAAACAGCUGAUUAAUAAAUGGUCAUCACCGCCUAACGCACUGUGCACUCAUUCCAAGGUCUUUGCCAGAAACAAGUGUCUGCCAAAUUUUGAAUAAUAAAAAGUGGUCUCAAGUGAUUUCACAUGAGCUUCCUAAUCUUAGAUGUGAACUCAGACUUUUGGAGUCAGCGAGUCGCUCCUGUGUUUUUAUGAGCAUUCAGUAAGUCAGCCAUAAUUACCAUCAACUGCAGUCAUGCAACAAGUUCCAUGCAGACAACCUUUCACCUGUUCAAAGUUUCACGUAGGUCCAGGAGUGAUUGGUUUCAAGUUUAGAGUUAACACAUGUGUAUGUCUCUGUCUUUUAACCUUUUCAAAAUGUAGCAUAAUAGAUGUUAUUCUGUAAACUAGUUUGUCGUACGCUGUA